AUGGAGGAGCACAGCGAGAUUGUGACUAGAGAGGUCCCGGUGACUCUAGAUGCUACAUAUCAUGACACCGGAGAUGGAGAAAGAACCAUUAAUCAGUACGUACUAAAGGAACAAAUCGGCCAAGGAAGCUAUGCAACCGUUAGUCGAGGCUAUGAUACUAUUUCUCAUAUGGAGGUUGCGAUUAAGGAGUUUAGGUAUGGAGAAUCUCUAUGGCAUUUGACACGGGCAAAUGCAAACCACCAUGCUUCCUUUCUUGGUAGCAAAUCAAAGCUAAGAAGAGUACAAAUGAGUAAAUCUGCUGGAUUACGUGGUACCAGAGGAGGAAGGGGUAGAGGUGGUCUUUUCGCACGUCCAGCUGCACCACCACCUGAACAGACUCAGCCUAUUGACAUGAUACGGGAGGAGAUCGCUGUGCUCAAGAAAUUGAGGCAUAAUAAUGUGAUACGGAUGUACGAGGUGCUGGAUGAUCCUGCUGAGGAUUCUUUAUACAUGGUGCUAGAGUUCUGUGCUGGUGGUAUACUGAUGGACAUUAGUUUGGGAAAGACUGCUACACCGUUAUCGACGGAAGAUGCGAGGAGGUACUUUCAACAACUCGUCGUUGGGAUUGAAUAUUGCAAGUACUCUAUACAUGAGAACGAUAUUGCACACAGAGAUAUCAAGCCAGAUAAUUUGAUGACAACAGCAGAUGGAACACUCAAGAUUGUUGAUUUCGGUGUGUCGCAGAUAUUCUCCAAGGGAGAUGAUGUGUCGAAGCGGUCUGCUGGAUCACCAGCUUUUUUCGCACCUGAAAUGUGUGUCGCCGGACAUGGAGAAAUGCAUAUCAAAUCGACAGACAUAUGGGCUAUGGGAGUCACCCUGUAUUGCCUGGUGUUUGGGAAACUGCCUUUUGAAGGAAACAAUAUACUUGACCUCUAUGAGAACAUACGAACUGCCACUCCCGAGAUUCCUGAAUCGACAGAUCCAAGGCUAGCUGACCUGCUAAGGAGGCUGAUGACAAAGGAUCCAGAUCAACGUAUCCUGAUGGAUGAAAUACGGAUACACCCAUGGGUUACAGAUGAUGGCAGAGCACCUCUUGUUUCGAAACAAGACAACUUGGGUGGUGGCAGAGUACGUGAUGAGGUAACUGAUGAAGACUUGGCUCAAGCCAUCAAGUCGAUAUCAGCUGGUGGGCUCUUCACGUUACUGAAAGCAGUGUCAAAGUGGAAGUCAAGGAGCAGGUCUCUGAAUGAGUCUCCAUCAACGAAUGAUGAUAUUUCGUUUCCGGAAUCAUCGCAAUCUCAAUAG